UCCGUUCGUUUGUUCGGUUUUUCAGAGACACGCGAAACGUCACGCGCUGGAAACGCCCACCAUCGUCACCGUAACGCAUUAACAACCGAACAAUACAACGUAGCCGGCUGUGGAAAUACGCGACGCGCCGUCGAAUUUCGCGCUUCCUCGCAUAAUAAUUUUAAUUCUACCAAAGUUUCUUAAAGUUGAUAUUGUGAACUAUUUACAACAUAUAAUAAUUCUGUUUCUUCAUUUAAGACUGAGAUAAGGAUUUCGGGAUUGUUUGGACAGAUUUCAAUACAUUUGAAAUGAAAGUUCAAGAUGGUUCCAAUUCUUCUACUACUUUCAUGGCAAUAAGCAUGAUGAAACAGAUGCUUCAUAAAGUUUCAUGAAGGAUUAGCCGAGUUCAAAUAUUUCCACGUUUCCUUAGAUCCGAGACACGUUCUCUACAGACUGGCACAUUCGCGUUGUUUUACACCAAAACCUGCCAAGCAACGUUUCUACCUUCAAUGGAAUUGCUCAUCGUAGUUGUUCUUCAUUUUCUCACCUCCGCUGGAGGUCUCAAGCUCACAAACAUGACUAUACCGUUGGUAGCCGAUACAAGAAGUCCGAUGGAAUUACACUGCCGUUUCGACAUGGAAAAUGAGGAAUUGUACGCUGUCAAAUGGUAUAAAGAUGACCACGAAUUUUUUCGGUACAUGCCCCAUCAACAACCCCACAAACAAACUUUUCACGUCCCGGGGGUACACUUGCUCUCAGAUGAGUGGGAUUGCAGCUUUAGUCAUUGCCGUUUGGUUUUGAGUGGACUUUCAAGACCGCAUAGCUCUGGAGCUUACAGAUGUGAAAUCUCCACCGAAGCACCAACGUUUCGGCUUGCUUCGGAAACGCGUAACGUCACUGUAGCAACUUUACCAGAGUCUGGACCAAGGAUAGAAGGUUUGCAAGAAAGUUAUAUAGAAGGGGAAACAGUAACAGCUAAUUGCUCAUCAUAUCCUUCAGACCCUGCACCAAUUCUGACAUGGCGUAUUAACAAUGUUGAGGCGAGCUUGUUCACAAGGAAUAACGCUGCAUCAGAACCCGAUCAAGAUGGCCUUACAUCCCGAUCGGCAUUGCUCGUGUUUCAAGCGGAGCGUAAACAUUCACAAGAGGGCGACACGAUCGAGUUACGCUGCGAAACCGCACUGCCGGGAGUUCCCCUACCGCCGCGGGCAGCCGUUCGACGGAUAAGUAUUAAAAGCGUUCAUCAGCAUCAACAGACCGUCAACAACCAGCAACUGCUGUGGCAUAACUCGUCAGCUUAUUUGCCCGGUACAUUGCCACGAUUGUUUGCAGUCAUCUACUUUUCGCUGGUCAUAAAAUGGCUGCAUUAAGACGGAACGUCGAAUUCAACAAAAAGUCGUUUUGUAAUGAUGUAUUUUAAAGGAAUGGUCGAUGUGAUUCUCUAUUAUUAUAUUAAAAAUAAUUGUAGUCACAAAGAAAAGACCGUAAGUGAUUCUUUUAUGUGAUUUUUUAAACUAUGUUCCUAUUUCUAAUCGUAUUUUUUAUAUUUUACAAUCGAAUAUUAUUAUGGCGUUUCGUUAAAAUUUGGUCCCUUACGUCUUCGUGAAUCUGAAAUACCAACGCAUUUAUCUAUCAGUUAGUUACCAGGAAGGAGAAAUUGAUAUAUCAAAGGAGUCACACUCAUGUAAUUUUAAUAAUUAAAUGAAAGCACCAUUUAUUUUAGUUACAAAUUAUGUAUACGUCUAAAUACCAGUUUAACUGCCUCAUGGUACUAUUACACCGCUCUACCAGCAAAAAAUAGAUAGGUACCUAUUUUUAACUGAAUAAAACACGGAACCUGCACAUUUCCAUAAAUGAUUUAUGCUGAUUUUUUCGAUCAUUCAAUAAUUUUAUUGUACAACUUUUAGAGUAUUUAAAGGAAUGAAGGUUUUUCCUAAACAUGAUAUUUAUUUAAAAAUUUGUCAGAUAAUGUAAAAAAUAGCCUAUUGAAAUGUUAUGAAAUUUCUGAAGAAAUUAUAUUCUGAAAAUUUUAAAGCUCGAAAAAUUCUUUGUUAAUAAAGAGAUGUAUACAGAUUCAUUCAAUUCUCAUCAUUUUUAUUUAAACUGUACAACUUCAUUAAAAUUAAUAAAUUAUGCUUUAGCCCUAUAUCAUAUCAAAACCAAAUUAUUUAUAAAUAAGAAAUUUAAACGAAUAAGUGCCAAAUUAAAUCCCAAAUUCCUUGUUUUCUGAAAAGGUUUGUGAAAUUUUAAAAAUUAAGUUAUUUUUACGAUGCGUGUGUGAAACCCGUAAGCCGCCCGGAAAAUGUUAUAAUUUACCAUUUAAAUUAACUGAAAAUACAUAAGUAAUACAAUUAGUUAAUGACAACUCGGGAACGGAGAGAGAAAGAGGGAGAUUGAAAGAAUGAGCGCAUAAUAAUUAUGUACUUUUUGUCAUGAAUUGAAUUGUUCUUAAUAACGCACGUUAAAAUUUUAAUUAAUGUCGAUGAUAAAAAACACGUAUCCAUUCAAGUCGUACGUAUGUAGUUGUUGUGUAACACGAAUAAUUACAAUGAUCUUAUCAAAUGCACUUUAAAUCCACAAAUUGUACAUAGACAAUGUAAUGUUAUAUAAAAAUAUAUUUAAAAACAAAAGAAAAAAUGAUGUAUGCUCUGUUCUGUGGAAUAAAACAACA